AUGUUGGACGGAAGGGCCGUGUUCUGGCAGUGGGUUAGCGCCGUCAUCCUACCACGAAGAAGGGAGAGGACUGAGGACCGCAAAGGAGUUUGGAAACCAAACGCGUCCUUCUGGAGAAUGACUCUUGUGGGAUCGCCGGUCAAGAACAAGGGAGGUGCUCAGAUCGAUAAUCGAGGUCGCUGCGAUAACGCACGGUUCUUGGAUACCCGACUGUUGGACGCCUGCUCUGCUUAUAUGUAUACUCCGUUUUUCGAAGUCAUGUUACGUGUGCGAGUGGAGGUACCGCUACCUGAACCUGGAUGGCCAUUCGUGUAUAAACCUGUUGGGGUCUGCAAGAAGGAGAGCGUCUUUUGGAUCGAAUUUUGGAAGGUUCAACGAAUCAGGGCUCAAAUCUAG